AUGUUGAAAAUGCCAUUACUGAAUAAAGCUCAUAAUAAUAAUGAUUAUGCAUUUUAUGCGAGCUUAAUAGUACAUACAUACUGUAGCGUGUUGAGGUGUGAUGAAUUAUUUCAGUUUUUUUUUAUGGUUCCUAGUACAAUCUUAACCCUAGCCAAAAUGUAUGGAACGUCAAAUCUUCUGAUUAGAAUGAAUUUACUAUUUAAAAUUCAUAUACUUUCUUCAAUUAUUUUAAUUUGUGAUACAUUACGUAUGCAGUUUCAUGAUAUGUACUGGAAAUCAUCAACGAUUCGUACAGAUACGGAUUUAUACCUAAUAAAUGUAUUUGGUUUUACUAACCAUACUCUGAUUUCUGAAGAACUUCGUUUGUAUACAUGGGAUUUUCGUUAUUCUAACAAGGAAUUUGAUAUAUUUUAA